UUUACUUAAUAUAAUUUUUGAAAUUAAGUGUAAAUUUAUCUGAACUAAACUAGACUAUUAUCUUUAAGUAAUUUUAUUAAGUAAUUUAAAAAAUUAUUAACUAAGUUUAUAUUGUACCGCAGUAUUAAAACACAAAUUGCAAUUUUAUAUUUCUUAAGAUAAACUUUUUUAAAUAAUUUUUUAAAUAAUUUUGCUAAUAAUGAGUAUUGUACAAUUUGUUAACGGAAAAUAGUAAAUUUUAAAUUAUCACUUUGUAGCAUUUACAUAAAUCACAUCUAGACUUGAUUUGUUAUGAUACCGUAAUUGCAUUAGUAUCUGCACUUGUCGCUGUUAAACGUUCAUGAAAUAUAUCAUGUCUGACAUUUACAACUGUAAAUGGGUUGUCGUGCUUUACAUAUGCUCGAUCACAUUGUACGAUGACACAGUCAGUAAAAAUGCGCGGAGCAAUCAUAAUUCUCUAUUUCAUCGGCAUCCUGUUUAAAGAAAUAAAUGGAAAUGCAACUCAUAAAGCGCAAUCAAAAAUUAUCGGAGGACAAUCAAUUGACAUAAAAUAUAGACCUUUCAUGCUCUCUUUACAUAAUUCACGUGGAUUUCUGUGUGGUGCCAGUAUAUUAUCGAAGACAUGGGCUAUUACCGCUCUUCAUUGUUUAGUUUCAGUAUCGUCGACACAAUAUUAUGUACGGGCUGGAUCGAAUAAAAUGGACAGAGGUGGAUCUGUGCAUAGAGUAACGAAUAUUCAUGUAUACAAUAAUACGUAUCGCUCUUGGUUCUCGAAGUUGUUGGAUCACGAUAUCGCACUGGUUGAAGUGAAACCACCAUUUCGUUUUUCGAGAACCGUUCGACCAAUUCAUUUACCAAGAUCAACUUAUGAAAUACCGCGUGAACUAUUAGUUUGUGGCUGGGGAGACAUAGAUGAUAAAAGAAAAACAAAGCCUGAAACUUUAAUGGGUGUUUAUGUUCAACAUAUUCCGUUCGAAACCUGCAUUAAUGCUACUUCUUCGUACGCAAUACUCGUCAAAGAUGACUAUCAUUUGUGUUAUGGAACUCAAGGAAAAGAUGCCUGUUUCGGAGACUCCGGAGGAGCAUUGGCCAGUAGAAGAACAAUUUACGGCAUCGUGUCUUUUGGUCAUGGCUGUGCAAAAGUAGCUGGCGUAUAUGUCAAAGUUUCAUAUUAUCGAGAUUGGAUUAAAGCUGUUACAAAUUUAUAAUCGCACAUGCAAAUGUGCAUAUACAUUUCAAUAAUACUUUGUUUACAAUUUUUGUUUUAACAAAUCAUUAAUCUCAACUAAUUAAUUGUUAAUUAUAGCAUUACAAAAGAAUUAAAAUUUGAUUAAAAUAUUUCAAUUUUUUUGUAUGAGUUAUAGCGCACAAAUCUAUAUUUACUUUAUUUAAAAAAGCAAAAAAUUAUUAUUUUAUUACUUCUCAAAUAAAGCAUAUAUAAAGCAAGUUAUAUUGAAUUU